AUGACCAAAUUCCGUUUAUUUAUUCAAAUAAGUACAUUUAAUGUUAUAAUAUUUUAUUUACAACUUAAUUUCAGGCCAUUUAAGGAUAAAAUGAAACAACUAAAAUCAGGCUGUCAAAUUUGUAAAAGACACUCAUGUGUUGAUGAUAAAGUGCCGAAAAUAAAGUGUAGAAUAAACACAGAUGCUGUUAGAGUCACUAGAAGUGUAACAAAGUUAAUGGAGGCUUUGAACAAUUUUAUUAUCCUCGAGAUAUACAGAUGUAUGCCUUUAUUGGGGAAUGAAAAUGAAAUUGUUCCAGAUUGGAAUGUACAUAUAGUACAUUAUGCUAUUGUUCUUACAAAUUCCUGA